UUCCAUUAUCAUCCCCUUCGGACCAUCCACUGCAAAAAGCACAUCUUUUCCACAUCAUUGGUUGGAUAUAAAUAUAAAUAUAUUUACUCAUUCUCCCAAAAACCCAUUUCUUUGCGCUGCAUCUAACCCCUCUCAAACAUUCUUUCCAAUUUGACCUCUGCAACUCGUAAAUUCUCUGACUUUGAUCGACAAAUUCAACUCGAAUUUCAUUACAAUAUAUCAAGGGUGGUAGGCUAAAAAAGAUCAAGAUCAGAUCCAAAGGGUGAAAAGGGGGGAAAAUGUCUUUUACUGGGACUCAACAAAAAUGCAAGGCUUGUGGAAAGACAGUUUAUCCAGUUGAGCUUUUGUCUGCUGAUGGUGUGGAUUAUCACAAAUCUUGCUUUAAGUGUAGCCAUUGCAAAGGUACCCUUAAGCUGAGCAAUUAUUCAUCUAUGGAAGGUGUGCUCUACUGCAAGCCCCACUUUGAGCAGCUCUUCAAGGAAAGUGGCAACUUCAACAAAAACUUCCAAUCACCUGCAAAGACGGCUGAGAAGCUAUCCCCAAUGCUGACAAAGUCACCUAGCAAAGCUGCUGGUAUGUUCUCUGGGACUCAAGAUAAAUGUGCUACUUGUGGCAAAACAGCAUAUCCUCUGGAGAAGGUAACAGUGGAGAACCAAGCAUACCACAAAUCAUGUUUCAAGUGCUCCCAUGGAGGCUGCUCUUUAUCUCCAUCAAACUAUGCCGCUUUGGAAGGAAUUUUGUACUGCAAGCAUCACUUCUCACAGCUAUUCAAGGAAAAGGGCAGCUACAAUCAUCUGAUCAAGUCUGCAUCCAUCAAACGCGCUGCUGCGGCAACAACAGCAGCAGCAGCAGCAGCCGCUGCCGCUUCCAUUCCUGAAUGAAACACACCCUUUUUCCUAUGAUCUUACAAACAUGGUUCUUUUUUUCCUUGUGUUUGUUUUUAUUGGUUAUUGUUGAUGAUUUUCCCAUGCCAGGGAACAGAUAAACCUGUAGACUUGUCAACUUUCUUUUGUUUGAUUGAUUCGUCAGAUGUCAUGUUUAUCAAACAUAUUUUUUUCUCUUCUUGAA